GAACUAAAUCGAAACUUUACAAAACAUCCUACUCUGCUCAUUCAACAACUCUUUUAUCUUAAGUCUUUAACAUAUAUUUAGUACGAGAUCAUUCUGAUGUAUCUGUGAACCCAACUAAUAUUUUAAAAUGACAGUUAACAGGCAUCAGUUCAGUUGAUCUGUAGGCUACUGUUCACUAAUGGAUGUGAAGUCUCGGUUGCACCGUUUUGAUGGACGCUCGCGAUUGCUCGUUCACGCUUUGCUCUCGGGAGCUGCAGGACCGAAUAAAGCACAAACAAUAUUCAAUAAACAACGCAGAUCUGAUCCAGAUUUUAAUCUUACUUCGUUUUUGGAGACCUUGUGCCAGCAGGAAGCUUGUGUGCACGAAGACGCUCUCGUUUCGAAACCUUUGGUGUGUCUGUUUUCUGAAGUCUUCAAACGUAACCUGCUUUGCUUUUUGCAUUUUAUUCAUCCUGGAGUGCCAAGACACAAUCUUCAACAUCUGCUACAGUGUCUGACCCAGGAUCACAGAGAAAACCAGUGGUCUUGUGUCUUAAUCAAACAGCUUUAUAGAGAUAUUGAGGGCACUAGGAAAGGAACCCUCCUCAGCUCAAAAUGUACAGAGAACCUGAGGGGUCUCUGUGAGAGAUUUAGUGACCAAAAUACAAAGGGGAGAUGGGCAUCUUGUUUUCAGGAGAUGGGAACCGAGCAGGCUGAUGAUCAGACAGAUUUCUCAGUUCUGCCUCAGAAAAAAAGAAAAAGUGACAACCUUGAUCGUGAUGUAGAUGAUGAUGCUCAACACAGUAAAAGGGUAAAGAUGGAUUUUUGUACAGCCCAAGAUGAAGAAGAGGGGUUGCCUGAGGAAAAGGAGGAAUCUAUGAGAACAUCACAACAGGACCACAGUUCUGCCUCAAAAUCACAGACAAGCUCUCAUCAGUCCUCAAAAGUGCUGUCAGACCACAUAAAGGCUGCUGUCCCUGUUAUUAAAGAAUUACUAGAUACAGAGUCAGGGUGGGAUAAGAGCUCUGUGUCGGCUUUGGAAGUCUUGCAUGAAUGUGACCCAGAUGAGGUGGAGGUACUUUGUUCAAUGCUGAGUUUGUCUGAAGCACCUGAACAGAGUUUACCUCAGUUCUGUAGCUGCUUGCUCGAACUGUCCCCAGACCUCAGUCAUAGCACUGCUUCUGCUGUCAUCACACACCUGCUGCUCGGCAGGAUUCUGUCUCUUGUGGAACCUGCCUCACGCUGUUUGGUCACAGCAGUGAUGUCACUUUGCACUCGUUACCCCAGACCGACUUGCCAGGACCUGAUAGAGCCAGUCUUACGGAAGGAACAGACAGGAAGUGCUCAGGCAGAGUUACUCUGUAGACUGGUAGAAGACUGUCUUGAGCCACAUCACCGACUUCUUGUAUUCCGGACAAUACUUGAAGUGUCCUGGGAUGAGGGCGUAUUGUCAGUUAUCCAUGCGCUGCUGGAUUCAAAGUUGGAACUGAAUGAGGUGGAUUUCUCUCUCUUCACUGACCAACUCUGCAGCCAGUCUCCACAAUUCAGCAAGUCAAUGAAGUUUGCCAAGAUGUUGCUGAGUGUCUUGUCCAAAUAUCAGUCACAUGUCAAUGCUGCAUGCCACCAUACACUUGCAAGUUGUCUGUCUUUCAAUGAGACUUUUCUCAAGAAAUCUCUGCUGGCUGCAUUGAAACGGAUUUCCCUUUGUAAAUAAUUGUAAUAAACGCCUUUAUUCUUAAAAGAUUAAUUCUUGAUAUUAAUAUUAAAUAUUGUUGCAACUUGCCUAAAUAAAACAAUUUACCAAA